CAUGACAGAGAGACACGCGCAGAGAGUGAGAAAUACCAACCGUGUGCGCACACACUCACACCGCUCAUGGAGACGCUCCAGUCCUCCAGUGACCUGAAGCUGUUACCUCCGCUGGAAAGUGGAAUCGGAACUUCGCCGUAAGCAAAGAGGCGAGCCGCAAGCUCACAGAGAAACACAAUCAAGUGAACGUUAUUGUUGUACCAACUCGGAGACAGGCGACCACAGCUCCACUCUGUAUAUCUGAGUAGCCUACAUCAUCCGCGGAUAAAUAAAGACCAUAGAAUAACAUUAACGUUCGAUAAAGGCGAGGCUUACUGACGGGAUGACAGAAGUGAUGAACACCUGUGAUUCGACGGUGGGAGACUUCACCGUCGGAGGUGCCCCAGCAGACGAGGGCAUAUCCUUUCAGAUCUUUCCGGACUCCCACGAGCGGUUCCCCAAACUGUCGAAGCGGCUUCCGUCCAUCGUGGUGGAGCCCUCCGAGAGUGGGGAGGUGGAGAGUGGCGAGCUCCGUUGGCCCCCUGAUGACCCCAGUUCCCCUGACGACGACUCCGGAGAGGUUGAGGCCCAGGCAGUAGGUGGAGAACAGCCCGAAGACGAAGAGCAAGUUGACAGAAUGAUGGGAGGAGUUUAAAACUGACUCUCGCAGUGCUGGCACCAUUCCAGCCGUUAACAAUGAGUUUCUCUAUGAUGGACAGCAGCAAGGAGGAGGGAGGGUCUUCAGGCUAAACCCUUAAUUAAUAGAACCGCCAACACAUUGGUAGACCUCCACACCACUUGGUGGGGCCGAGUCCUGCACGAUUGUCUUAAAUAGCUCUUACGUGCCAAACCUUAGUGGGUAGCUUGCUACUGUAAAUCAAUUGUUGCCUGUUUUACUUUUAUGUUUCACAAUGCCAUUUUUUAUUAAGUUACACCCCUUUCAGAGUUUAUCUGUGAUCUGAAGAUAUUGGAAUUAAAGACAGGAACGCCUCGGUAUAUAAAAUGUUAAUGUAUCUGGCUAUCUUAGACCAAAGUCUAGAACACUGUACUCUUAUGAAAACUGUAUGUAUACUGUAGAUAUACAGAUUUACACAGUGAGCUUGGAAGAGGAGAAUUCAUCAUUGUAUAGCUGUCAGCUUCUGCUCAAAUGCAUGUUAUUGUCUAUUAGUCCUUAUUACAGUUUUGUUUUCCUUUCAAACAACAGGAUUUGAAGCAUCAUUGUAUUACAAAGCACAUGUACUUGAAAAAACACAACUUUCACAUAACUGGUUUUAUUAUUUAAUAUUUUGCCCAAUUUCAUAGCGUGUCUGGGAUUGUUUUUGUUCAUUAAACUUAUAAACGCAACAUGGAAAGUGUUGGUCCCAUGUUUCAUGAGCUGAAAUAAAAGAUCCCAGAAAUUUUC